AGAAACCUCCCACUCGUAGCGCAGACGUGCGAACCCACACAGCUCACUUUACGCCGUAGUGCCCUGCGAAAAGGCAAUAGUUAAAGCAGUCGACAAACAGCAGGACGCGGCCCCCUCCCCCGUCCCCCUCCCCGUCCUUGCAUCACUGCAUUGAUUUAUUCUUCCGGCGGCGAUUUACGCUGCGCUGUCGAUAAGAGAGAACGGCGGAAGAAAAGGGCACGGAGAAGGGGCGCAUCGACACAACGACAAUAUCAACGGAAGUGAGCGCUGUGUAUCGUUUCAAAAGCAUACAAACAUACAAGAAAAAGGAAAGCCCGGAAAGAGAAUAGCGCACGUUCAGCAGACUAGGUACCACACUCACAACAACAGUUACAUUGGAAGGUGUUGGUAGAGGUUGACCUGCGCACGGGCAAGGUUAUCGUUGUCUUGAGUUUAUUUCAAAGCUGAACAUUUCCGUGCGCCGUCCAUAUAGACUUUUUUUUGUUUUCACCUCCUACGCCGGUAAAGUAAAGCUGUGAAGAGAGUUCUAGAACGGAGGGGAAAAAGCCACGAGAGCAAGCGAGCGGAACAGGGGACAGCCGAGAAAGCUGAAACGCAUUUUCCGAGAAGCAGUUUGUCCUUUUCCAACUGCCUCUCUUUCCAUCGACACGCAUGUCACGUAUUUAGCAGCGGACUCUCUCCCUGUCGUCUUUCUUUUCAAUUCUGAAGCUCCAUCUCUGAUGGAAGGUGUCGUUCUAUGCACCAUCAAGGUUCGAUUUGCACUGUUUCCUGCGUCUUUUUUAAAAACUUUUAGUGUCAGUUCUCACUUGUCAUCUUUUCGCUGAGAUUUCUAGCAGUUUUAUCGGCUCAGCGUCUUGCGCCAGUGUUUUCUACGUCGUCUUCGGAGUUACUCACUUUCUGGCGUUAAAAAGGAAAAAGACAAGAUUGGUCUUUUGCUCUUUCUGGAUAUCACACAUUUCCUUUGUGCGUCUCCUCUUUACGUAUUUGUGUCUCGAACGGUUUGCCGUGCGGUGGAAGGUUCUAUUUUCCCUCGCUUGCUUUUCAAUUGAAACCCUGUUCUAUCCGUUUUUUGUUCCUCUUGUACGUCAACACAAAAGAGUUGUUUAAUUCCUAUCUUUUCUCCUUUUUUGAGAUGCCGCUUUCGUCGUCGUGCCACGAUUUCGGUGAUGCCCUCCACGCCGGUGGCCGGCAGCGUUCUGCUCCGUCGUCAGCAGCGGUGGCCGGAGCACCGACGCGGUCACCUGUGCAGCAGGUAGGCCGAAGCAGUACACGUCUCCGUUACGGUCACUCGCUCGCCGCACCACGGCAGCGCCCGGCAUCUCCCGACGGCACACACUGUGUCACAACGGUGCCGCUGGGCACAGCAACGCUGGCAAAGCAGGGGGAGCGGCACCCGUCCAGAUCGCUGCCCAUGUCCCUUCCUCAGCCCCAACCGGAGAGGAGGGCAGUCUCGACGUCACCACGUCAUGAGCAACAAGAGCACCUACAAGGUCUUGCAUCUUCGACCGAUGGUCGCUCUUCGGCUGCGUUGAACCGAUACCCACGCCGGUCCGCGCAGUCGCUGCCGUCGCAUGUAAACCCCACCUUUCAAACAGAGGCGGGCAGCAACGCCCGCCUGUCACAGUUGCGCAGCACGACGCCGAGCGCCAGCCUGUCGAGAGACACCGCAGCGCUGCACUCUAUCCCUCCCAAUUCUACUUCCAGUGCCGCCGCCCCACCUCCGUCGGUGCCGUCCACCUCCCCCCGCCUCGGCCAUCUCCGGCCCCUCUCCACAAGUCGUGAGGCGGACUACGUGAAUCUCGCCUACCAGCGUGGCUUAAUGGGUCGCUUCCGAUGUGCCAUCCCAGUCGUGGUGUGCACCCCCGCUGCUGCGACGCCACACGACAAUGCCGUGAAGCAAGAGAAGCUGCCCAACACGACGGACGCCGCGGGAGGGCAAAACGACGAAGGCCAUGUCGGUGCUUCUCUGAUAGCCACGCACGCACACGUUGAGGACGCGAACAACACAGGAGCGGGAACAAUAGGGGCUGCGGACACGACGGCACCUACGCCAGCUGAUCUGCCGGAGCGUCGUACCCACAGAGAAGCCUCCCCUUCUGUUGCCGCAGACGCUGCCGUACCUGGGAACUCGAUGCUGUCACGUCCGCGCCUCAGCACCUCCAGGUCAGCGACCUCUGUGGUGAGUGGGUCGACGGCGCGUCGCGGCCGUGCCAGCGGCCAAUUCCCAUCCUCCGCCUCCUCCCUGCCACGCCGGUCCGUCCGUUCAACACCGAUGUCGACGGGCGUGCGCACGAACAGUACAGGCGGCCUCGUUGCCACCGCCUCCUUUGGUGGUGGUGGAGGUGGAAGUGGUGUGCCGGCGGCCAACAUGGAGCCCCUCACCAGGUCCGGCCUGCACACGUCGCUCUGGGCGGCGGUUCAGGACGGCGGUAUCGAGGUGCGCAGCAUGGCGAACCCAAACCUGGUGUUGGCGAGUCAUCCUCGCAAGAACCCGCGAGCGAUCAUCACGUCGUUGGUGGAAAUGUGCGGCAACCGUGUCGCUGCCGGUCACACCGACGGCUCCCUUCAUCUCUUCGACGCCGUCACGUUGAAGGAGGUCGGCGAGCACCAGCCGCACACGGCAGCGGUAACGAAGCUCCUCUACGUGGAGGCAGCGCCACGAAUGUCCCUGUUACCCGACGCAACCAGGCGUGCGACGGGCGGAGACACCAAGAGCGGGCCGGCGCCCAUGUGCUCGCUGCUGGUGACGGCCUCCCUCGACCACACCAUCACCGUUUGGGAGGCCGCCGCGAUGACACUGAUGCACCGUCUGAGCGGCAGCGUGCGCAGCGUGUGUGCGCUGGCGGCGACAGCUACUGGCGGUUACGUCUUCAGCGGCUCCGACGAGGGCACCAUCCGCAUGUGGGACGCCGUGCGAGGGCAGCAGUGGGAGGCCACGAAGGACGAGCGGGCACAGCUGCGCAGGGGCUCACGGGAGGGGGUGCUUGUGGAGGGCGGUGCGGUGACGAACCGGUCGUCGCAGCGCUUCGUAGAGUACACCGAGGCCAGCAUCUCAGCAAAUGACGCCGAUCACGACAGCAGCAGUGAGAGUCUCUCCGAGGAUCACCACGCCGGUCCUCGCGGCCCCUUCCGUCCCCACGCACUCGCUUCCCUGCGCGCCAGCGGCGGGAGCGCUUCGUCACACCCUAUCGCGCCGAGCCGCGGCCCCUCCAACCGUCGGUCCCUCCUCAACUACGGCGGUGUAAAGGUCGUGCCACACGUCACGUGCCCUCUCAACAGGGGCAUCUUGACGCUGCAGCGGCCGAGCGCGCUGACACGGCCACGCGAUACGGCGGGACUGCCGUGCACCUCCUCCCGCUCGCUGCCCACCACGGAGGACGUCUUUGCGCCGAUGGACGCGGCAACGUCCCCAAGCCCUUUUCGCGAGGGGGACGGCGUGCUGGCAGGACCGGGCGGCGACAUCUCCCCUCUGCGCACCACGCUCGAUUACGAGGCGGAGGUGGCUGAAGUGGCUGGUGGCCAUGGUGGCGGCGGUGCUGCCGUUGCUGUGCGAGUGAGCCCACUCGACGACGACUCGCGCGUGCCCGCAUCAUCGCGGAAGCACCGGAUCGCAAAGAAAAAGACGCGAAAGGCGGGCAGAGGACAAGUCGGCACCACCACUUCCACCUCUUCCUUUACUGGCGGUGGGGGCGAGGAGAAGGGCAAGGACAAGACGCCUGAGACAGGCAAACGUAAGAAGAUCAAGAAACCGAAGAAGCGUUCUGCGGCAACCGCGUCCCAGACAACGGCGGCAGCAGCGGCGCGGCUCCCGGCGAAUAUGCUGGAGCAGCGGCUCGAGACAUGGAUUCGUCUAUACAACGAGCGUGUGUUGUUCUCCGCUGCGUCGCAGCAGCUGACAACGCGCUUUGCAGCUGGCUACGACGCAGAGACGGCGAUGAACUGGCCGGUUGAGUGCGCUCACGCGGAGUACAUCGCCGCCCUUGCGGUAGUGGAGGACCGCCUGCUGGUGAGCGCCUCGUGCGACGCAACGGCGAAGGUGUUCGCCCUGCCCUCUGGCCAAUACAUGCGCACCCUCACAUCGUCGCGCCGCAUGCCGCUGUCCGGGGUGCUGUACGACAGCAGUGUCGGACGCAUCUACACAGGCUCUUCCGACGGCACGGUGUCCGUGUACGACAUGACGAGCCCCGAGCUGCCGUUGUUGUCGCAGCUGCAGUCGCCGCAAGUUACUUUGUCGUGCACCUUUGUCCCGUUGUCGAUGGCGCCGAUGCAGCGCUUUGUGAUCAACGGCGCCGUCGAAGAGGCGGACGCACAGGCAACGGAGGCGGUCACGCCUCCCUCCAGCACCGCCGUGGUGACGACAGUGGCGCAGUUUGACAAAACAACGCCGGCGCACGGUCCGAACCAGACGACGUCGAGCUACCGAGUCGGACAGCCCUCCCUGCGCGAGCUGAACGCGGCCGUGUCGCUGCAGCUUCUGCAGCAGCAGCGAGUCGCGAAUUUGACGGCGGCGGUGCGGCGAAAGGUGAAGGGCACGGUGGAAGCGAUGGAGCUGCGUGGCGAGCGGCAAUGCGGCAUCGUGCUGGCCCAGACGCACCGCCGCCGGCAAAUGUCGCACGCGUGGUGGCGCUGGCAGCGGUGGGCGCAGCGGCGGGCGGUGCUGCAGAAGUUUUCUCAACUUGCGGAGACGCGUGCGCACAGCGUGGCGCAUACGCUGCUCGGGCAGUACAUGCUGCGGUGGGUGAAUGCGACACGGCAGCACAAAAAGGCGGCGGCGAGUGCGGUGUUGCGUGCGGUGCAGCUGAAAGGAAGCGACGCGGCGCUACUCUCCGUGCCCGCGGAGGUGCGGUCUGGCUUGCGCUGCACGCUGGAUCUGAUGUCGACAACCAUGAUAAAGUCCUUGAAUCGGUGGACACUACGAUGCGUGUAUCGGCGCUGGCGUGAGUUCCAGCGGAUUCGCCACGCAGAGCUGCAGCAGUCCGUUGGCUACAAUAAACUCUUGUUGUCGAUGAACGCCAGCGCCGAUGCACCCAGCUGCUACACUUUGACCCGUCUUACCCGCACUGCGACACAACGCGCCCACCACGCCCAGGCCCUGUGGCUGCUGACGGAGUUGACUGAGCGGUGGCAGUCGCAGCGACAGCGCCGGCACUUCUUUGUUCGGUGGCGCGCCUGCGCACGGCUGCGUCAGAGCAUGCAGGUGCGGCGCGAGGAGGAUGCGGGGUGGAGGCUGGUGGAGCCGCUGUCUUCCACGUUGGUGCAGCCGCGGCUGCUGCGCCGACGCUACUUCGAUGCGUGGCGCAACUUCGCCCUCUACCUCGCACGCGGCGGUUCACUGGCGAGCGAGCGGGACACGCUGCAGCGGGAGUGGGCAACGCUGCAGCGGGCACUGGAGGCUCCCACCACGGUAGCGGAACUGACGACGGAGGUGCAGGAAACGGAGGCCAGUGUUGCACAAAUGGCGAAUGAGAGGGCGACGCUGGCGGAGCGCGUGCAAACCUUGGCCGAUGAAGACUGUACCUUGCGUACCGAGGUGGCCCUUCGGGUGUUGAUUGCGGGGUACUACGUGUCGGAUGCCGUGGCUACGAUGGCGACCACGGCGACCACGACACCACGAGCGCAUGCGGGCGUCACACGCACCGCACUGAACGCGCGACGCCCAUCCAUGGCCUCUUCGGUUGAAAGCGGCACGGCAGGUGGUGGGGCAUGUCGGGCGGCGGUGAAGUCGCUUGCGUCCGGCGCCGCGUCCACAGGGAAUACGGAGGACGGGCUUGCCCGGUCGACGGAAGAGCAGCGUGACAAGAAGCUGCUCUUGGAGGCCAGUGCGGUGCUACGCGCGCUCAAAGGCAACUGCCUGCAGUGCGCCCGUGACGACAAGCUGCUGGCUCAGGCCCACGCGCUGUCGCUACGGCUGCCCAUUUACGAGCCCCUCGUGAAUGAUCUCAUGACCAGCGCAGAGACCACUCCCAGCCGCCGGUCGGGGCAACAACAGCGACGGCCGCCGCCACCUUCUCAACGGUCCACCACCGCGUGGUCCGUGUCGAACGCGAAGAAAGCCGCUUCGACUGCCACCUCCGCACACACGUCCGCUGCAUCGGCUUCUGUCUUCCUCUCAGCGCAGCAGCAGCAGCGACGCCAGCACUCGACGCUGUCCGGCUCCGUUUCUAGCGGCGAGUGUAUCGCAGGUGCCACGGGAGCCAGUACGCCCAGAGCAGCAGCAGUAAACAGCAACAACACCAUCCGCGCCUCGACAGCGGCACAGAUGUGGUCGGCGCAGCCGGUGGAGGAGAACUACCCUAGCCUGGCUGAUGCCUUCAACGCCAUCUACUCGAAUUUGCUGGCGCUGUUGUACAGCGCAGCGCGCGAGUGUGGUGUGGCCGCCAGCGCCACCGCAGACGUGGAGAGUGGCAACAGGUGCACCCCUGCAGCGACGGACGGCGCCGCCGUACCCCUCUUCAGCGAAGGACGACGAGCGAAGUCAAUCGAGAUGGAGGACGACGACGAAGGCACGCUGGAGGAACUGCAAGCACCAGUCGUGGCGCCAUCGUGGCUCGCGCAGGUCCCACUGAAGCAGCGCCGCACCAUGGUCGGCGAGGUGCUGAAGCUCGUGACGCUCUUCGAUAGCUUCGCUGCGCACAGCGAUCUCCCUGUGGAGCGGGCAGGCAGCAUCUCGUCCAGGGGCACCGCCAACACGCGCGCCUUGCCGCUCUGCAGCUUGUGCAGCCACAAAGCGGCGCAGUCGCUGCUCCGGCACGCCGCGGUGUUGCUGGAGCUGGUGGACCCGCGGCUGUGGCAGCGGCAGCUGAAGCUGAACUAUUUGCAGGCCGCCUACGCGGCGGCGAUUGCGGAGCUAAAUGCGACGGUGUCGUCCUCGCACGUCAGCGAAGCCGGGCGGUAUUCCUCGACGGUCAUAACGCGCAGCGAGAGCGAGGACAGAGCCGCCUCGGUGCCGCUGCCGCCGCCUGCGCUGCGCCUCUCGGCGGAGGUGCUACAGCGUGCGAUAGACAAACUGCGGCCGACGUCGCACACACCGGCGAGGGCAGUGCCUUCCUCUCAGCAGACAGACACGCACACGUCGCCGACGACCACCAAUAGCGGCUCUGAUGCGCUGUCGAUGCGGCCGAGUGCUGCGCCCGCGUUUUCCACCGCUGGACGGACCAGCUCACCGCCGUACCCCACGGCGCUGCUGGCCAACCUCGAGACACUCCUGGAGAGCCGCCACAACAGUUGCGGGGAGCAUCUACACGGCGCCACCAAGAGCACGGAGGAGGAGGGGCAGACCUCGACGACGGAGCCGCAGCGCGCACAGAGCAUUAGCUUCUCCCAUCGCACCUUCUCCGGCGUCUCCACCCCACGAUCCUACACCCCACGUACCACCACGUCAUCGGUGGCCGGGGCCUCGAUGGGGUUGUUGAAGCCGUACCUCGGCUUUCGAGUGAAUGUGACGCGGGACGCACACACCGCACGGCGCACCGCGACGGCCAUCACCAUUCGCGACGUGGCAGAACAGUACGUGAACGCAGACGGCGUGGAGGUGGACAGCCCUGCGCUCGUCGCUGGCCUGCAGGUGGGCGAUCAGCUGAUUCGCUUCGCCGGGUACGCCGUCACCGACCUCGCUGCCUUCAACGCUGUUGUCUCGCGUCACGUGCACAGCGGUGCGGAACUGCCUGUCGUGGUGCAGCGGGGUGAGGAGCUGCUGAGUACCACGAUUGUCGUCGGCACGCGUAUUGCGUAG